CCGGUCUUUAAGGUACAGGAAGGAGGAGAUCACAGGGUCGGGUAGAAAGAUUGUACAAUCAGUAGUGUUGGUUGGGGCUUCUAGACUCUGGUAGUGCGGGUGCUAAGAUAGGGCACUGGAGAAUGUUCGGACAAGCUACAACCUUCCGCCUGCCUGUCAAGUGUCCCAGACCUGAUUCUUGGGACCUAUCAAGAGAACCGGAAGUCUUGAAUUCCGUUUGAGCUGAAGAUUUUGGGCAACUAGUAUCGACGCUAGGGCAAGAAGUGGUGCGGGUCACGGGACCUGAUUGGGUGGCUGUUGCUGCCGACACCGAGUGGAGAUUUGGAGAUCUGCAGGAGGAGAAAGAGCAGCUGUCGUGGGGCCGCGGAAUUCGUCUGAAAACAAGAUUUCCAGAAUCAUUCGGCGCGACUUCAUUUCCUUAAGAUGCGCCUGUACCAAUUAGGGGUACUUCCGCUUCCACCACCAUCUAUAGUCGAGGAAACCUGCACGUUAUUAUAUAUCUAACGCCACCCUUCAUGCCUCUAUCGCCUACCAUUUUGCCGCGCCAUUCCGACCCCCGAUCCAUCGGCCCGCGCCUCUUCUCUUAUGUCCGAUUCGAAGUCAUCGUCGUCCUCGCCUCGUCCCCUUGCACCGGCUCCUGGUCAACCCCCCAGACGAACUAGUUCUAGUGACGAUGUAGUCCGUGGGCGAAAACACAAGACCACCGCCUGUAGGGCGUGUAAGUUAAAAAAGCUCAAGUGUCGAGGUGAUCCACCGUGUGAGCAUUGCACUCUCAAUGGCAUUGAAUGCGUUGUGGAUGAGAUGGCGGAUAUGCGUCGAAAGUUUGCCAUGAAGCGGAAGCUGGACCGACUGGAACAAGCGGAGGACACCUUGCUACACCUAAUAGGUGCCUUACGAGGGAGUGAAAACACACGCAUCGCACAAUUACUGAACCUGAUCCGGAGUAAUGCUUCCUUUGAUGAGAUUGCAGUUUUCUUGGAGCAACAGUUUUCUCGAGCUGAGAUUGAACGAUCACCCGAACUGCGCGAGUUCCGACGUCAGCUCUCCCGACCUUCGGAUGAGGACGACGACGACGGGAACGAGGGUAAUGCACCUCGGAUGCCCCGGCGGAUGCUCGAGGUGCGCCGCCUCGCUGAUAUCCCAGUAUAUAAGGUUCCCGCGAAGCCCUGGACGACGGUCACAGACGAUGACGAUCUGGUGUCACACUUGGUGUCCUUGUGGUUAACAUGGACUUACCCGUGGUUUGACUGGCUAGAUAAGGAUGCCUUCAUUCGCGAUAUGCAGGCGGGGAAUUUGAACUGUCGGUUCUGUUCGCCAUUUCUGGUGAAUGCCAUCCUUUCCGAGGCGAGUUAUUUUUCCGACUACGCCGAAGUCUUUACCGUCCCCGGCGAUAUGUUCUCUCGCGGCGACCACUUCUACGAGGAAGCCCGGCGAUUGCUCGAAGCAGAGGACGAGGAGGUCCCCAGCAGUAUACCGACUAUACAAGGCCUUGUUGUGCUAUUUAUACGGCUUGUUUUGAUGGGUAAAGAUCGCGUGGGGUGGAUGUAUAUGGACCUCGCUGUGCGAGCCGUGAAAGAGUAUGAAUCUUCGCACCCACCUCUUCCUAUCGACACGGAAUCGGUGCGACAGAUUGAGAACGUGGUCAACCGAACAUUGUGGGGAGUUUACAACAUGGCUUCGACGGCCGCAGUGUCCUUGAUGAAACACAUAGAUAUCAGCCCCCCUCCGCGACCGCGUGUGCCUAUCAACCAUGAAGAUCCUCUUGAUGUAUGGUCUCCCUAUCCUCAGCUGGUACAACCGGUACGGGGCCACCAUAAUUGCGUAUUUGACCGGUGGUGUGACUUUUCUUGCAUCACGCUCCGAAUCAGCCAAGCUCUUCAUGAUCCCGAUAACAGUCCACCUCAAUGCGAGAUCCCAGCUACCAUCAAUGACAUAUACCAGCAGCUACAGGGUUGGUACGCGAACUUACCGGAAUGUCUACGCCUGGAAAAUGCCGAGGUGCCCCAUGUGUUGAGUUUACACCUAUUUUACCACACAAACGUCAUGCAAAUCUUUGGAUUCCUCCAAUCCAAUAGUGGCGACUUCAUAGCCCCAGAAACUGCGAAGAACGCCAAAGACCUCUGCCUCUCGACAGCUAGACGCAUCGCCCAGAUCCUCAGUAUCCACCGCGAGAAAUGGGGCAUAGACCGGCUGGCCCCCUCCACCGUCCAGUGGACAAGUAUCGGUCUUUUUACUCUUCUCGAAGCCCUCGACUCACUUGAGAAUCGAAAGGCGUUCAUUGAACUUUGUAUUUUUGCCCGGGCUAUGUCCCGACGCUUCGCUCUGGCCAAGGGCAUUCUCCGCAUGAUCCAGGUAACCGCACAGCAGACGGAGGUAUCCUUGCCGACGGAAACAGAUGCCCUCUUCCUAGAUUUUGAGACACAGACGUGGCGUAAUAGGGAUUCCCUGUCGUUUAGUAGUUUCUACCCACACUUUUCGACAGUAAUCCGACAGGGGAAGGUUCGACAAUCUGACGUGAGUAUGGAUCGGUUUCUGGAGAAAUGGGAUAAUCUUAAUAUUGGCGACGGACCACCCCGGAAGGAAGGGGAAGAGUGAACCGUUUUGGGGUAAGAGUGGUUGUUUUACGUGUUAUGACCGUCAAACUAGCAUUAAGAACUUGCGCGAUUGUACAGCGCCUUAAUAGACUGAGGAAUUACCAGCGCCAC